AAAUACACACACACACACAUACACUGGAGCCGUGCUGAAGUCGUCAAAGUUAACGUCGACGUUGUUGCCUAUUUUAAACGGCUUUUUUAGUUCGCUCAUUGAAGCAUUCAAAAUGAUGGCUAAGCCCUUGCGAUUGCUCUUUCUAAAUUCAGUGAGGUGAAGACAAAGGAUCUGUCGGAGUCUUUUGGUGCUCAGAGUUACACUCGGCAUGUCGUCGAACGCGCUUGCCAAUUUAUGGGACAUAGCCGUCUUCAAGGAUUUAUAUUUUUCUGAUUCAUCCAUUUUUUGAGGUGGACGGUUUUGUGGGAAGUCGCAAGUUAGCUGCAGGCAGGUGUCAAUGCCUCAUAAAGGUGUGUGUUGGGUGACCCUUUGUAAGGUGGCUGUGUUUAAUGGCAUCUUCCAUUUCAAGCUGACAUUGUUUCUUCGCAGCAGGAAAUCAAAAAACAAUGUCGCCUCGUGUCGAGUUUUCCUAGUUUAACGUUAGACUACGUCUUCCAGGUAAUAUUCAGUUGGACAUGUCAUUUCUUGUUACGAAUGUUCUGCGUUAGACACUAGGUAUGACAUUAAUAGCCAAAUCAUGUUAGUCGGCUAUCUAACAUUUACUAAACUAGUUUCACAGUUGUACCUAGUUAUAAAACGAAUGAGCUAGGUUCUUGCUAGAUGAUUAACAUACAGUAGCCUAAUCGAGGGUUGUUCUCGUCGUGUGGAUAGAAACGGCUUGCUAACCAUUAGCUAUGCUGAAGAUUUUCCUUACAGGUGAGAGAAUUGGCGGGAACCGGAAUAAAAUUGCAAGGGAAAUAUACAACCAUUUCCAAAUAUCCAACAUAUGUUUGCCCAUUGUGAAGGAUAACGAGCGUUCGGCUGCAGCUGCAUUUGUUGGAUGAGUAUCGCGCAUAUCGCGGAGUUCUCCAAUGACCUGCCAUUCCACGGACUCCACGGAAACCAUAGAGAAUGACCGGAGAUCGGAAACCGAAUCCCGAGUGGCAGAUUCCGAUCAGAAUCGAGUCGCUGCGGCGAUGAGAGAUCUUAAAAAGACAGGGUGGUACUGGGGCAGCCUGACAGCCAAUGAGGCCAAAGAGAUCCUGCAGGACGCCGCGGAGGGGACGUUCCUAAUUCGGGACAGCUCCCAGAGGGACUACCUGUUCACCAUCUCAGCCAUGACCUCCGCGGGCCCCACCAACCUGCGCAUCGAAUACAAGGAGGGGAAGUUCAAGCUGGACUCCGUGGUGCUGGUCAAGCCCAAACUCAAGCAGUUCGACAGCGUUGUGCACCUGGUGGAGCACUACGUCCUCCUGUCCCGGACUUCCUCCAGGGGCAGCGGGGGCGGCGGCGGUGAGCCCCCCCUGGCUCCGCCCACAGGGGCGGUGCAGCUGCUGUUGACCACGCCCGUGUACGCGGUCACGCCCUCCCUGCAGCACCUCUGCCGCAUUUCCAUCAACAAGGCGACCAGACGGGUCCAGGACCUGCCUCUGCCCAAUAGGCUUAAGGAGUACCUAACGGACUACACCUAUCACGUGUGACCUUUCAUUGGUGGAGUUCUCUGGCUCCGCCUCCCCUGUAGCAUCAUGGACGUGCACCAGUGUGCACAUGACAUUUAAAAACUUUUUAUCUGAUCUUUUUUUUUUUCUUUCCAUGUUCUUUUUGUACUGCGAGCAUGCAAGGGAAAAUAUUUUUCAGUUGAUUUUAUAAUGGUGCAAAGUGCAUUUACGAAAUGCAACUGCAAGCAAUAUUUAAGAACUGUUUUGAAAUUCUCUCUUCCUCUUUUCUUCUUAAUAGGUUUCUUCCAAGUUCAAAGUAUUUACAUUGUUAUUUUAAAGCUAAAGACUAAUUGCUUCAGAGAAAUGGUUGUUCAAUAUUCUCCACCCCACUGUUCUUUCUCAGUGCACGUAGCCAUUUAUUUUCUCAGAAAAAGUCCUACCCUAUGAUUAAUGUUUGGUUUGACGUACCAAACAUAGAUAUGUUAUUAAUUGGCCUUGACAAAGUUUCCAUAAUCCUUUUCAGUAAUGCAUCAUGGGUGAAUGACAAUAAAACAUGCAGUAGUUGCAAUGACAUCAGCUUCUUGGCAAAAAAAAAUGACAGUGCAUUUCAGUUACAGCUAAGAUUCAGUAUUGAUUCUGCUCAGUGCACCACAUGGUGUUUGUUUUAAUGAAUAAAUGAGUAUUUUGAUUCUGUUUUGUAGGGAUCUGAAAGUCUGCCUGCUGCAUGUUCAUGUCCUGAUGUAUGUUUAACUUGGUUUAAUGUAAGCUUCUCUGGAUGAUUAUGUUAACAGAAAAAAGCGACUUUCAUACACCAUGACCACCAUUUGAGUGUUUGGAUGUAUUUUGUGAAAUAUAUCACCAUGGUUUUUUUUUUUUUUUUUUCAUUUUUUAUACUUAAAAAAACAAGUCAAGUAUGCUUUAAUGCUGGAGGGAAUGUGUAAAUUUUUUAUACUGCCUCAUUUAAUAGAACUCCCUCCUUUUUCAGA